AUGAAGCCUAAGCCUCAAAUUGAGACCAAUAAUGUGUUCGAUAUCUUGCAGAAAGCAAGUUAAAAUCUGAAGACAUAAAAAUUGGAUCUCAUUAAUUCUGUUAGAAACAUGUCUACUAAAUCAAAUUCAAAUGGCAAUAUAUUUGGGAAAGAAUUCUUAAAGCAACAAUUUUGUAGGGAGAACCAACAAAANUUACCAUUUCUAAUCUAAAUUAACAUUUAAUCGUCCUCAAAAUACAAAUUAGUUUGA